AUGUACCCCUCUCCUGAGGUUGAACAUCAUAGUGAGAAGGAUGACGAUUCCUCUAGAUCUGAGAAGGACAUGGCUGCUGAAGGUUUGGGUUCUCUAGGGAAAACUGUGUCUGGUAAAGGAAAAUUUGUGGAAUCUAUAACUGCCAAUGCUUCCCAUUCUGAGAAGCAUGAUGUUGCAAACAAUGUGAUUGACCUAGAGGAUGAUAGAAAGGUGGUUGUGGAAAGGGAGUUAGGAAAGGAUGUUGUUGAAGUCAAAGAGGUCAUGGACCUAAUAAACACUGUUGGGUUGAUGAAGACUGUGGCUGGGUUAUCUCCAUGCUAUGAGGGUUUGGUUAAGGAAUUCAUUGUCAACAUUCCUGAGGAUAUUGUUGAUAAGAACAUCAAGGAAUUUUGCAAAGUAUUUAUGAGAGGUAAGUGUAUCACUUUCUCUCCCACUGUUAUUAACAAUUUUCUGGGAAGAAGAGUUAAGGGUGCAGGUGAAUUGGAAGCUACAGACAAUGAGGUCUGUAGAGAAAUUACAGCAAGGAAGGUGAAAGGGUGGCCUAUUAAAAAGCAUUUUCCUGUUGGGAAAUCGGCUAUCAAGUAUGCUAUAUUGCAUAAAAUAGGAUCUGCAAAUUGGGUGCCUACCAACCACAUUUCCACAAUUUCUAAUACCCUUAGAAGAUUUAUCUUUGUUGUUGGAACCAAACUAAAGUUUGACUAUGGUAGAUUUAUGUUUGAACAAAUUGUCAAGCAUGCAUCUACUAAUGCAGUGAAACUGCCUAUAGCCUUUCCCUCUAUGAUUUGUGGGAUUAUCCUGAGUCAACACCCUAGGAUUCUGAGUUUUAAUGACUUACCAAGUAGAAGAAAACAUGUUAUUUCAGUGCACUAUAAACUGUUUGAAGGUAGUCAUGUCGAAGACUUUGUCAUGACAUCUGCUAUGAGAAAGCUAACCUCAAAAGUUGGAACUAUUGUUGAGCUGAAGGAGACUUGUAAAGAGCUGGGUGAAGGGAUAAGGGUAGCAACAACUAGAAAAGAAUCGUUGGAAGCUCUGAUUGCAAGCUUGGAGCGAGCUGAAGGUGAGAAUAUUGAACAUGCUAAGGAAGAUGAAGCCCAUACCUCUAGUGAGAGGUUUGCAACUAAUGAUGAGACAAGUGGAAAUUCUAUUUCUGAUGCUGAUGAAGUUGCAAGCUCAAGCUCCUCUGAUUAG